CUCUGGCCGCAACCAUAAAAACAACAGAAUUAAAUUAAGGUUUUUUCAAAGAAAUGGAUCCAAAUUGAAAUGCUGAAAUUAUACAAGGCGGCAUGAAAAACGCUACGUGGCCAUGCAGACACAAAGUUCCGUAUCCAGCUAUGCAGACCCACAGACCGAAGACCCCACAAACCAACUACCCCCCAAACUCACAAUGCCAAGAUUUUUUGUACAAUUCGGAACGAAAAACUGAAAUUUUACUCUUUUAUUGCCGUCUGACUUUCGCGGCUUUUCGAUCAGCGGUCGAGUUGUGCUAUGAAUAUAGCAAUUAUAUUACGUUAACUGUGAUUUUAGUUUUAGUUGUAUUCGUUUUGUACAAAUCUUAUUGGUGCCCAGUGUUGUAUGUAAAGGAGCUGUCAGACCUAGGCUUCGAGUACGUCCCAGCCGGCCCGGACCGCAACACACGGAUCACCCGGGCUCAGAACGCCCGCAGACUCGGCAGUAAGCUUCCCCCCGCGUACCCUAACGGCUGGUUCGCUGUGGUCGAGAGCUCGGAGCUGAGGGUUGGGGACGUCAAGCCGGUUGAGGUUUUGGGUUUGAACCUCUGCGUGUACCGCGGCGACAGUGGCGCCCCCCACGUGGUGGACGCGUACUGCCCGCACCUCGGAGCCCACCUCGGUGGCGGCAGCGUCAGCGGGGACUGCGUGCAGUGUCCCUUCCAUAAGUGGAGCUUUGAUGCGACGGGGCGGUGUAACAGGGUGCCGGGGCAGGAGACUGCGCCCCGAGGAGUAUCAAUAAAGACAUGGGAAACAGCGGAAGUGGACGGGGCCAUCUGGAUAUGGCACGAUGCGGACGACAACCCACCGAAAUGGACCAUAGACAAUGCGCCCGAGCUCCAACAAUGGGGGUAUAGGGGGCGCAAUGAAUUCGUCGUCAGCUCACAUAUUCAGGAUAUUCCUGAAAAUGGCGCUGAUGUUGCGCAUCUGAAUGCGGUGCAUUCUCCAUCGCUACUGACGAAUUUAGGGGAGCGGUAUCCCUUUCUGCUAAAUUUUGUAGGUCAGCACACGUGGUCUGCGCAGUGGACGAAGGGCGAGGACCACACGGCCACCAUGACCCUGUCUCACAACUACACGUUCGGGAAAUUCUCAGUUUUCCGCAUCGAUGCACUCGCUACACAGAUAGGCCCAGCGCACGUCCGCCUGCUGAUCCACACGGCGUUCGGCCCCAUCCUGAUCUCGCAGUCGGUGACGCCGCUGUCUCCGCUGGAGCAGAAGGUCAUCCACCGGUUCUUCUCUCCGGCGUACAACGCGCCGCUGACUGCUGCCUUUGUUAGGGGCGAGAGCUAUAUGUUCGAGAGAGACGUCGUCAUAUGGAACAACAAGCGCUUCGUGAGCUCGCCAGCCUACGUGAAGUCUGACAAGACCAUCAGAGCCUUCCGCAGCUGGUACUCACAGUUCUAUAGCGAAGGCAGUCUGAGCUUCAGAGACGCCUUGAGGAGACACAGGGAGCCUUUGGACUGGUGAAAUAUGAUGAUGAUGACCUUCGGACCGAUUUCGGCCAUGGCGACUGCCAUUGACUCCUAACUUACUGUCGAAAUAAAUAAUAUACUGGUGAAAUAUAUAAAGUUAUAGACUCAUGUAUAUGUACUAGCUAGGGACAGGGCCAACCGCUCAAGGAAAUGACACCCUCGCGUUGGACCCAUUUGGUUGAAUAAGAGCCAGCGCGCGGGUGAUAUUUUCGUUAUGCAUCCUUCCUAUAUUCAUAUAGUAUUUUCUUGUGGUUUUUAUUUUUGCACUAGAAAGAUUAUCAGCAAUGUAAAGAUUCUAAAGAAAUUAAUAAUACUUAAUGUAAAUUUGUUACUGUAGAAUGUAGAUAGGCUUUGUAUGGUGUCUUUUGUUUGAAUAAAGUCAAUGGUAAGAUAUAUUUACCAGUGGACUGAGUACCCAAUGUUAAAAGUUUUUUAAUGUAGAUAGUGUUUUACCGAGUUCCUAAUUUUGUAUUUUAGUUAAGUUACUGUACCUACUGAAAUUUACUUAAGUCAUUUUUUUUUUAUUCUGUUAGAUAAUAGUUGUAUCAUUAUAAUUAUUUACUUAUACUGAUAAUGUAGGUAGUUAUAGGCGUAUAUAGUUACUUAAGUACUUCACUUUUGGAUGUUGGAUACGAUAUUAUUAGUAAAAGUUGUAUUAAAAUG